AUGACUCAAGAUUCAUCAUCAUCAUCAGAAAGUUCAUCAAAUCGAUCAACUUCACCUUUACCAUUACCAAAACCAACCAGAAGGACAAAUCAUCAAAGUUCAUAUAGAGCACCAUUAGGAUACAAAGUUUUGAAUGAGAUUCAAGAAUUUAAAGUCUCUAGUUUAGAUUUAUCUAAAGUUAAAAAUGAUCAAAAUGAUUUAUGGAUCAUUAGAUUACCAGCUGGUGUACGAACAAAACAUCUUGAAAAUUUAAAAUUAGAUUUAAAAUCGAUCCAACAAAAAAGCAGUACAAAUAAAUCGAAAGAUCCGAUCAAACUUCAAGACGUUUUAUUAGGUAAUCUAACAUAUGAAGUUUUCAUUCAAGAUCUUUCAAUGGAAGAUUUCCAAAAGUUUAAAAAUUCAAAACUUGAACCUGAAAGUCAAGAAGUUAGUAGACUUUCAAUCUUGAUUCCAAACCAUCAAUCCAAUCAAUCUCAACUUUAUCAAUCCACCAAACCGAUUUCCAAAGUUCUUUUCUUUCGAAGAAAACUCGAAACCGAACCGACGAACAACACAAAUAACCCAAAGGAGACAACAAACCCAUUGAAUUAUAAACGAAUCCAACCUAUUCAACUUGAAACUCGUUUAAUACCUUAUGGAGCUCAAACUGAUGGAGUAAGUUAUGAAUAUCCAUUAAGAUCAGAAGAAGAUUCAAAACUUAGAGAAGCCAAGUUGGAUUCUAAACGAAAGAUGAAUGACAAAUCAUUAAAUUUAAAAUCAAAUCAGUCUCAAAAGAAAAAAAUUAAAAUUGAAAAAUAA